AUGGCUCCUUCGAGAAUCAGCGAACCGGAUGAUUCUGACUCUCAGUCCACAUCUUCGGAGACUACUUCAAGCGAAGCAGAUUUUCCCACCCCGCCGCCCAAGCGCAGGCGCAUCUCGCAAGACAGCGACGACCGUCCUGUGUCGACGAUCCCAUCCACGUUGCUCUCAAGAGUGAAGAAAUCAGCAGUUCCCGAAGCAACUGCUCCUCCACUACAACAUGGCUCAACAUCUACUGGACGGCCUUCCGUCCCUACCACAUCCUCUACCUUUGAAUCCUUAAACGUCGCGCCAUGGCUGGUACGUUCGUUGGCGGCCAUGGCCAUCCAGAACCCCACGGAGAUCCAGAAGGCAACCAUACCCGAAAUCUUGAAAGGGCGAGACUGCAUAGGCGGAUCGAGAACAGGAACCGGAAAAACAGUGGCAUUCGCGGUCCCAAUACUCCAGAAAUGGGCGGAAGACCCGUUCGGCAUCUACGCAGUCGUGCUCACGCCGACGCGAGAACUCGCAUUGCAGAUCUACGAACAAUUCCAAGCGUUGGGGGCGCCGCAGAACCUCAAGACCGUGCUGGUCACCGGCGGAACCGACAUGCGACCACAGGCUGUGGCGCUCUCACGACGGCCGCAUGUCGUCGUGGCCACGCCAGGACGAUUGGCAGACCACAUCCUCAACUCGGGCAAAGACACGGUGAUCGGCCUGUCGCGAGCCAGAGUGGUGGUGCUGGACGAGGCGGACCGGCUGCUCAUGCCGGGCCGAGGCUCGAUGCUGCCAGACCUCAACACGUGUCUUUCAGCGCUCCCGCCGUCGUCGGCUCGCCUGACCCUCCUCUUCACCGCGACGGUGACGCCCGAGGUGCGUGCGCUGAAGGAUCUGCCGCGGCCUAAAGAGCGUCCGCCGAUCUUUGUGUCCGAGAUCGCAGACUCUUCCGACCCCUCGAGCGUGGCCAGUUUGAUCCCUCCCACGUUGGCCCAGACGUACCUACAGAUCCCGAUGACGCACAAGGACGCGUUCCUGCAUGUCCUGCUGCAGGUGCCGUCGUUCACGAAGUCCCCAGAACCGAGUAUCAUCGUCUUCGUCAACCGCACCACCACCGCCGACGUCUUGCAUCGCACGCUGCUGCAGCUCGCCCACCCGGUCACGGCGCUGCACUCGGAACUGGCGCAGAUCCAACGCACGAAGAACCUCGCCGACUUCCGCGCUCGGAAGGCCCGCAUUCUGAUCGCGACGGAUGUCGCCUCUCGAGGUCUCGAUAUCCCGGACGUCGAGUAUGUCAUCAACUACGAUGUCCCGCGCAACCCGACCGACUAUGUCCAUCGAGUUGGUCGGACGGCCAGAGCGGGCCGCAAAGGUACCAGUGUCACGUUUGUCGGUCAGCGCGACGUCGCCUUGAUCCUGGCCAUCGAGGAGUAUGUCGGGAGCAAGAUGUCCGAGUGGACCGAGGAGGGUGUCAAUGUCGAGACUAGGGUCGUCAAGGGCCGGACCUUGAAGGACGUGGCCGAGGCUAGGAUGGAGGCUCUUCGAGACUUGGAAAGCGGCAAGGACGUCAAUGGUUGGAGAAGGAAGAUCAAAAAGGAUCGAAAACGAGCCGUAGAAGCGUGA